AUGGCCCCCGAAUUGAGAAGAAGAACCAGAUCGGCGACGGCUGCGGCCGAGAAGCAGCCCGCGGAGACGACGACCGAGGUCGAGAAGGUCGAGAAGGUCGAGCCUAAGAAGGUGACCAAGAAGACGACCAAGAAGACAACCAAGGUCGAGAAGGCCGAAGAGGUCGAGGAGGUCGAGAAGGUCGAGAAGGCUACCAAGCGUAAAGCUCCCGAGGAGGCUCAGGCAUCCCCCGUCGCCGCGAAGAAGCAGAAGCCUGCCAAGGCGAGCGCCAAGUCGAAGAAGUCGAAACCCGAACCCGUCAAGGAGGCCGAGCCCGAGGCCGCCGAGGUCGCCGAGGUUGCAGAGGAGUCUGUCGUUGCUCUGGAUGAUGGCGGCAACUCGGACGAUGAGGUUGACGCCGACAUCCAGGCGCUCGCUGCUGGCCUCGACUCGGACGCCGAGAAGGCGCCCGCCGGCAACGGAACCUUCAAGGAGGGCAUGGACGUUGGCAAGGUCCCGAAGCACGCCAAGAAGCAGAAGCAGUUGACGAACGGCAAGAAGGAGGAGCCUGGCGUCGUCUUCAUCUCGAGGCUGCCCCACGGUUUCUACGAGCACGAGCUGAAGGGGUACUUUUCACAAUUCGGCUCCAUCAACCGCCUGAGGCUGGCGCGCAACAAGAAGACGGGCGCCAGCAAGCAUUACGCCUUCAUCGAGUUCGCCGAGGAGAGCACGGCCGAAAUCGUCUCCAAGACCAUGGACAGCUACCUCCUGUUCGGCCACAUCCUCAAGGUCAAGACCGUCCCCCGUGACCAGCUGCACGAGGACGUCUGGAAGGGCGCCAACAAGCGCUUCAAGAAGAUCCCG